AUGCUUCUUCAUACAUUUGCCAAGCGCAUGUAUUGUAGCGGCACAUCGUUGAAAGUAAAACCUCCAUUGCAUGUUUUCGGCAUAGAAGGAAGGUACGUUUCAGCUUUGUACAGCGCUGGGCACACACUGAAACAAUUAGAAAAAGUUGAAGAGAGCCUUCGAGUGCUCUCAGUGGAGAUUAUAAAGCCUAGAGUUGUUGACUUCAUUGAGACAAGCAUGAUAUCGCGGAAUGAAAAGGCUGCUAUGCUAAAAUCAUUUGGUACUUCUGCCGGAUUGCCUUCAGCAGCUACAAAUUUUCUAGAAAUAGUGGCAGAAAACGGCCGCCUGAAGAAACUCAGGCGCAUGAUCACCCUGUUCUUAGCAGUGAUGGUGGCGCAUAGAAACGAGGCUUUAUGCGAGGUGAUCACAGCUAACCCACUCGAUAACGAAACACGAGCAGCACUUGUCGAAGCUUUAAAGAAGCUUGCAAAAGGAAAGAAUAUCACGUUGACAGAAAGAGUAGAUCCUUCAAUAAUUGGUGGCGUGAUCGUAGGAGUGGAAGACAAACAUGUCGACAUGAGCAUCGCAAGGAAAAUUCAGAUGUACACUGAUAUUUUAAAAGAGUCAAUCUAG